CCAAUUCAGUUUGACGAGAAAAGUCGCAACGAACGAACGGAUUAUCCAGCGAACGAACGAGACACCCGAAAAACCAGCACCAUGAAUUGCCUAUCCGCCAUGUUCAAGUACCUCCUGUACUUGCUCAACCUGAUCUUCGUGGCCGGUGGCCUCCUGCUGAUCAUUGUCGGUUCCAUUAUGCUGUCCACCAUGGGCAACUUUACCGCCUUCGAUGGAGCUGUAAACACUCAGACGAUCCCCAUUGUCAUCAUUGUCAUCGGCUGCGUCACCUUUGUGGUGGCCUUCUUCGGAUGCUGUGGCACAAUCAGAGAGAAUGCCUGCUGCACGACCAUUUACGCCAUCUGCAUGCUGAUCCUGUUCGGUCUUCAGCUGGCCCUCUCCAUCUGGAUCUUUGCGGCGAACGACAAGUUCCUGACCAGCAUGGGCAAGGUGGUGGACAAGGCCUGGGAUGAGAACAACGCUGCCCAGGGUUAUCCCAUGGACGUCCUGCAAUUGGCUUUCAAGUGCUGUGGCAACAACAACUACUUGGAAUAUGGAAACAAUGUGCCAGCCUCCUGCUGUGGAUACUCGGAUCGCGGCCGGACAUGCGAGCAGGCCAUCUACUCCCAGCGACCGGGUUGCCGGGCGGAAUUCGUCGACUUCUGGGCCUCCAACACGGACAUCAUUCGGUGGAGCAGUCUGAUCUUUGCCCUGUUCGAGCUGGGCAUCUUCAUCAUGUCCUGCUGCCUGGCCAGCGCCAUGAGGAAGCGCUAAAACGAGAGUCUGAUCUAACCCUAUAUGUAGUACAGUUCUAGUGUAAAAUUAACUUCCUCAACAGCAUUCUCCAUAAAUAAACUGAAAUAGUAUAAGCCCAAUGAAA